CACGCCCCCUGCUCCUGGGUGACUGCACCGGAGGUCGGAAGGAAGCGGGGCGAAGGAUGAGUCAUCCCGCCUAAUUCCUCCUUCCCGGGCCCUCGCCUCCGCACGCCGGCCCCCUCCCGAGAUCCUGCAGCCGGGAGCGAAGACUCGCUCAACCAGAGUCAGCUACGAAACCCCCCUGGCCUGCAGAAGAGAGGAGAAGGACGGGGCGCGUGGCCAAUGAGAGCUUCGCUGUCUCGCCGCCGUCCAAUGGGCCGCUGUUUACAGGGCAGGGCGGGACUAGGAGGGGGCGUUCCGGGGCUGGCGCGCGGCGUCGCGGUUCUUUGGCUCACAGACAGAGUGGCUUGGAGAGAAAGCGCCUCCCGGGGAGUCCGUGCCCAGGCGACGCGGGAAGGCGCCACCACCACCGCCGCCGCUGGCCAAGGUGCUGGAGACGAGACGCCGUCGGCCGCUUCACCAGCUCAGGCAACCGUUGCAGCCGCUGCUGCCUCGCUCCCAGCCCGGUCCUCAUGGAAGAGAUGGAAGAAGAGUUAAAAUGCCCUGUGUGCGGCUCCUUCUAUCGGGAGCCCAUCAUCCUGCCCUGCUCUCACAAUUUAUGUCAAGCGUGCGCCCGCAACAUCCUGGUACAGACCCCGGAGUCUGAGUCCCCCCAGAGCCGUCGGGCCUCGGGCUCUGGGGUCUCCGACUAUGACUAUCUGGACCUGGACAAGAUGAGCCUGUACAGCGAAGCAGACAGCGGCUAUGGUUCCUACGGGGGCUUCGCCAGUGCCCCCACUACGCCGUGCCAGAAGUCCCCCAACGGCGUCCGCGUGUUCCCGCCGGCUAUGCCGCCACCGGCCACCCAUCUGUCACCGGCCUUGGCCCCGGUGCCCCGCAACUCCUGUAUCACCUGUCCCCAGUGCCACCGCAGCCUCAUACUGGAUGACCGGGGGCUCCGCGGCUUCCCCAAGAACCGCGUCCUGGAAGGGGUAAUUGACCGCUACCAACAGAGCAAAGCCGCAGCCCUCAAGUGCCAGCUCUGCGAGAAGGCGCCUAAGGAGGCCACCGUCAUGUGCGAACAGUGCGAUGUCUUCUACUGCGAUCCGUGCCGCCUGCGCUGCCACCCGCCCCGAGGGCCCCUAGCCAAGCACCGCCUGGUGCCCCCGGCCCAGGGCCGCGUGAGCCGGCGGCUGAGCCCGCGCAAGGUAUCCACCUGCACAGAUCACGAGCUGGAGAACCACAGCAUGUAUUGCGUGCAGUGCAAGAUGCCUGUGUGCUACCAGUGCUUGGAGGAGGGCAAACACUCCAGCCACGAAGUCAAAGCUCUGGGGGCCAUGUGGAAACUGCACAAGAGCCAGCUCUCCCAGGCGCUGAACGGACUGUCAGACAGGGCCAAAGAAGCCAAGGAGUUUCUGGUGCAGCUCCGCAACAUGGUCCAACAGAUCCAGGAGAACAGUGUGGAGUUCGAGGCUUGCCUAGUGGCCCAGUGUGAUGCCCUCAUCGACGCCCUCAACAGAAGGAAAGCCCAGCUGCUCGCACGUGUCAACAAGGAGCAUGAGCACAAGCUGAAGGUGGUUCGAGAUCAGAUCUCUCACUGCACAGUGAAAUUGCGUCAGACCACAGGUCUCAUGGAGUACUGCUUGGAGGUCAUUAAGGAAAAUGAUCCCAGUGGCUUUUUACAGAUUUCUGACGCCCUCAUAAGGAGAGUGCACCUGACUGAAGAUCAGUGGGGGAAAGGCACGCUCACUCCCAGGAUGACCACGGACUUCGACCUGAGUCUGGACAACAGCCCUCUGCUGCAAUCCAUUCACCAACUCGACUUCGUGCAGAUGAAAGUCCCAGCAACCCCCAUCCUGCAGCUGGAGGAGUGUUGCACUCACAACAACAGCGCCACACUGUCCUGGAAACAGCCACCUCUGUCCACGGUGCCUGCGGAAGGCUACAUUCUGGAGCUGGAUGACGGCAACGGUGGUCAGUUUCGGGAAGUGUAUGUUGGAAAGGAGACGAUGUGCACCGUGGACGGUCUUCACUUCAACAGCACAUACAACGCUCGCAUCAAGGCCUUCAACAAAACAGGAGUCAGCCAGUACAGCAAGACCCUGGUCCUCCAAACGUCUGAGGACACAGAUUCAGAAGAACAGACACUCCCUUUUCCAGUGCCUUCGGAAAGAUUGCCGCUCCGUAGAAUGAGUCCUUUCUCCUCCACCCUUAAUCUACAACCCAGCUUUCCCGGGAGAUCCUACUUUGAUUUCCGACCCUCACCCCACCAGCUGAGCUUGCAUUCCUCUUUGCAGUCUCUCAAUGCACCGGGAUGCAAUUUUGAGACACAAUCUGCACCUUACUCUCAAUUAGUUGACAUUAAAAAGCUGUUGGCAGUGGCCUGGUUUGCUUUCGACCCCGGCUCGGCACACUCUGACAUCAUCUUCUCCAAUGACAACCUGACUGUGACCUGCAGCAGCUACGAUGACCGGGUGGUGCUGGGGAAGACCGGCUUCUCCAAGGGCGUCCACUACUGGGAGCUAACUGUAGACCGCUAUGACAACCACCCUGACCCUGCCUUCGGCGUGGCUCGCAUCGACGUGAUGAAGGAUGUGAUGUUAGGAAAGGACGACAAAGCUUGGGCAAUGUAUGUGGACAAUAACCGGAGCUGGUUCAUGCACAACAACUCGCACACCAACAGAACUGAGGGAGGAAUCACCAAGGGGGCCACCAUCGGGGUGCUCCUCGACUUAAAUCGGAAAACCUUGACAUUUUUUAUCAACGACGAACAGCAGGGGCCCAUAGCCUUCGAGAACGUGGAAGGCCUGUUCUUCCCGGCUGUCAGCCUGAACAGGAACGUGCAGGUAAGCACCGCGCCCCCGGGUGUCACCUCGGCUUCCGCUCGCUCCGCUUCAAAGGCUGCCCGCGGGCAGUACAUUGAUCCCCGAGACAGGGAAGCCAACCGUGUAAGGCCCAGACCAAGACACGGAGGAAAGGAGAGGGGAAAGGGAUCAACGGUGACAACUGAGAUGAUUCCAGAUCAGCAUCAGCCCCUUCGUUAAGCUUGGACGCAGUCUAAUGAACAGCGAAUUGGAACUCUGUUCAUGGUUUGCUAUUGAUCGUCCCCGAGGCCUAGAUUCAUCCCUAGUAGGAACGAAACCCCUGAACCAGCUGGAAUGAAAACAGAUGGAAUGACUUAUGCAGAGCGCCAGAAGCACCCCAGAAGUGAAGGUGUGAGACUGAAGUUUUAGCACCAUUAUCAGAAAUCCUGAACAUCUUCUCUGCACUCUUACUCGGUUCUAUUAGGUGCCACAGGGAUAGAAAACAAUCCCUGCCUGUGGGCCACUUACUUAGGAUUUACUGCAAAUGGCAAAAACUACAGGUUCUUCUCAUGCAUUCACUCAACAAACACCUACUGGGUGCCUUUAAUACGUAAGGCACCAUUAUUAUAAUUACUGUAAGUAUUGUUGUUUAUCAGUGAAAACAAAACAUACAAAAUUGUGCCUCCUAUGAGUUACAGGAGAUAGAAGAAAUAAUAAGAAAACUACUACGUUAAUUAUAUAAUGUGUUAGAAGGCAAUAAGUGCAAGGGAGACAAGGCCAAGGGCAGGGCGAGGGGGUGGAGAGUGCUGGGGUUGGACGGGCGGGCAGCUGCAGUCUGAGGGUAGGUCUUAUUGCUGUGGCAGGUGAGCUGAGCCUUGGAGGGGGGUGGGGAGCGAGCCGUGUGGAGGUUUCCUGGCAGAGGGAGCAACCAGGACAAAGUUUCUAAGGUAUGAGGGGCCUCACAGGGGCAAGGUGGGACCAAGGGGCCACGGCUGGGGCAAAGAUCAGAGAGCCGUGGGGUGCCCUGAGGGGCUGCCCCUGCCCUUCUCACCUGGAGCUCUCAUUAUCAGCUGUGCACCUCAUUCAGCAGACGGCUGCCUUAAGAUACAUAGGCCUUGGGAAUCAAAAUACUGCAGGUGAUUUUUGCUCUGUUCAGAACUGCAGUCUCGGGAACUAUUAAAACAACAAAAAAACAUUGUCAUUUAUCAGUGUGUGCAGUAAAAGUGAUUGUAACCCAGUGACCUCUGCCCUUCUCUCUUCCUGCGACUAGACCGGGUUUUCUAGGAGGCUGAAAUCUAAUCUCUCAGAGGUCAGCCUCUACCUUGGAAGGAAGAAAACCAUAAAUUGCCCUAGAAGUGAGUCUUAGAAAAACCUCCUUCGAAGUUUUCCACAUUUUCAGCUGUUUCCCCUUCCCAGGAGUAUGGCACUCAAUGCUCUUCAGCGGUUUCCGGGAUGUUCUGAGUAUCUGGAGAAAGACUCUUGGGCUGGGGGAGACAGGGACGAGAAGGGGAGGGAUGACAGCCCCGCAUGGAACAGUUCCAGCCUCAUCCGUGCAGCUUCCCACUGAAGUGCAAGGCUGCAUGGAACCAGGGAAACCGUAUAAGUGCCCAUGUUUCUUCUUACCUGGCAAUCACCUGUUCGUUCCCCAUACAAAAGGCUUAUCCUCCUGGGAGUGACUAGUGGACAAGUGGUAAGGGAAGGGUUGUCUGCUCACCUGUUCUCUAUCCAUGGACUUGGCAGUGUCACUGCGUCCUCGCCAACAGGCUUUGCUACCUGCAGAUCAAUGCCUGUGUCUUCGGUCAUAAGGAACACGGUCUUCCCAGGAUCCUUAAAAGAGGCAGAUGGAUGAGAACCAUAUUAUCAAGUGUCUCCAGGAUUUGGGAGCCCACCAUGGUGGCCAGGCUCCUCGCACAGGCAGAAUUCUACUAGAAUUCUCUUUAACGUCUACUAGAAUAGACGUUAAAGGAAGCCAACAGGGCCCCUGUUGAAUUAGGAACACAUGCCCUGUGCCCUGGGGAGGGGCAUGCCGGGAGGGUUCCCGCGGUGCCUCCAGGACUCACAGUCUCGUCCCCCAGGUCACGCUUCACACCGGGCUCCCAGUCCCCGACUUCUACUCCAGCAGAGCAUCAAUAGCCUAAGGACGACGGGCCGGGCCGUCCUCACCUCUGCCUGAGAGAGCGACAGCAAGAGCUCAGCCAGCAUGCAGAGGGAGCACUCCGGAAGCAGAGGGGGAGGAGGAGAGAAAAGCUGGACCCCCGUGUCUUCACACCCCACAGCUCCACCCCUUCUUUUCCAACCCCCCUCCUGCUCUGAUGUCUGCCGUCACUUCCGUGUCCAGCAACAAAGGACCUAGACAGCCCACCGUGUCACUUAGUUUCCACUCCCAGAUUUUGCUUUCAUUUAAUUUAAGUUUCUUUUAAUGUAGGUGAGUUCUAUUUUGUUUCUUUUCUGAUCAUGUUAUUGGUGACUUACUGAACUGGUACCACCGAGAGAAUAUUCUCCUGAUGACCUUUUUCUUAAGCUUUCUGACAAAGAGGUUGUAAAGAGAGGCGGGGAAGAAUGAGUUGAAUUUGGAGCUUGCAGUUUACCUUCUACAAGGUUCUUGCCCUGUUAUCUCUCAUGCAGAGUUAGCCCUGCAUAGCUAGUCUUUGAGAGAUGGGCAGAACAAAUGCAGCAUUGAGAGGUUAUACUAUCCAUCGAAGCACAAAAAUAUUAGCCAUAGGGCUACACAGAGGUUCACAGCACGUAGGAUGAUUAGGAUAGGCCAGAAACCCUGGUCAUCGAGUCAAACUAGAAAGUCUCUAGACACAGGAAGACCAGGAGAUUUAUGAUUUGGUUCAUUUAUUUAAUACAAGUUUUUAAUUGAGAACCUACUAUGGACCAGGCACUGUUCUAGACACUGGAGACACAGUGGUGAAUACACAGGUGUGGUUACUGCCCUUCUGGGGCUUAUAUUCUCAUAGGAAAGCAAACUGAAAAUAAAACAAUUACAAAAUUGUUAUAAGUACUAGAAAGGGAAUAAACAAGGGACAAAGAGGCUCAUUGGCAAGAUCUCUCAGAUCCUCAAGAGCGAUGCUAAAAAUCUACACAUUCUGGCCAUAGCGGCAGAAACAUACCAACUCGAUGCCUUUUCAACAACGCUAUUUUAAUUAUGGCACCUGCUGCCAUUCAUCACAGAGCCCUUCUUUGACAGAAAUGACGUCAGCAUUCUUAUUUGUUAAUGCUGCAAUGACACUAAGCCUUAAAAAUAAAUGUGAAACAAAAGCAACCAGAGAGAGACCCCAUUUUCAGUAAUGGGGGAUCUGAAGUUGCAGUCCACAGCACCCCCAUUCUCAGGAUCAACACGCUUGUCUCCAUGUGUACCUGUGCCUGUCACAAAUGACCAAUCCGUCCACUCUGCUGCCAUGCACAACCCAGCUCUCUGGAGUAGUUCAAACAAUGUGUGGAAGAAAAAUGCAAUUGUGCGUCAUGGCUGUGACUGAAAGCAGAACAAUAAUUCUCAUUACUUCUCUAGAGAGAUAGACUCACACAGGUUACCUUUCAGAUUCUUUAGUUUGACAUGAAGUUUUAGAAAACGGAGAACAGGGAAAGAGGUCCUGAUCAGUUGCCUAAGCAUUUGCCAGUGAGCCAAGAAAUUCACCAUGAAAAAACAAGAAUAACAAAUAGAAGAGGUAAGGUGGGAAGGCUAACAAACUAAAGUUUUGGCAAAAAAUAAUAUAUGUAAAUAGCUGAUUAUUUCCUUUCGUGCUUUAUUUAGGUCAUUUCUAUCAGUUACAGUGUUUUUCUAGUUAAGCGUACCUAAUUUAUUGAAUGGGUGCUAUCCUGUUUACGUCCAUCUUGGUUUCUUGGCUACAGAAAAACUCUGUUGCAGGGCAACACUAGUUUGAUAUUUGAUUUACUCUCCAAUGAGACUCGAAGGCUGGGCCGCUGUAGACUCAUAAUUACUCUUGUUCUUUAUUAAAUUCAUCUUGCUAAUUAGAUUUCUAGUGACUUGUAACACGUAGUUUACACAGAAUGGCCAUUGUAGAUGCAUACAGCUACUGUACUAGAAAAAAAUGGAUAUUUCUGGUGUGCCAAUAAAAGAUUUUUAUGAGGGAAGA